GCAUAGUUUAGUGCAGUUCGGAUACGCUAUGUCAGUACUCUGUAGUUCGAGGUAUAGUCGGUUGUAGGCGUUUAUGUAAAAACAAUUGAGUGAAACUGUGGACUUUGUUUUGUUUAAAUUAAUUUCAUCUGGUACCUACGUCCCUUAUAAAAUCCGCACAAAACAUUGCACAAAACAAGAAUUCUUAUAAGAACGGAUCCUUAGUUGUCUUCGGAAGUAAAAUUGUACUAUGGCGAAGACACUGAUUCUAUUUUUGUCGGUGUGCAUCAUGGUCCAGGGAGAUUACGACUUAUUUACGAGUCCAGCAACGACUUUCUUCCAGGAUUUAGCGGGAUUUCAACUAGAUAACAGAGUAACGGAUCAAAAUGGUGUACAGGCUGAAAGAUUACCCGUUAAUGGGUUUGGAGACGUAAAGAAUGUAAUACCAGACGAUGCCACCAGCCACCUAAGGUUUAGUAACCCCCCACCACCGCUCGGAUCUUCACAAGACCCAGCAACAACUACAUGUGGUCUGGCACCACCGUUCUGCACCAAAUCCCGCUACAGAUCUAUCGAUGGAACAUGUAAUAAUCUACAGAAACCAAGCUUGGGAGCACCGCAGACGCCGUAUAAUCGACUUUUGCCUUUUAACUAUGGAGAUGGAAUAAGUCAAUUUCCGCGAGCAGUUGGCGGUGGGGUGCUACCAAACCCACGAGAGAUUAGCUUAGCUGCGUUUCCAGACAAGCCUCUAGUAGAUCCAGUGUGGAAUCUGAAUGCACAGCAAUGGGGCCAAAUUAUCACCCACGAUAUGUCGCUUACAGCUGGUGUUGCUCAGAGUCAUCGCGAUCCGCUCGUCUGUUGCGAUGACAACGGGCAGCUUGCGGCAGAUGCAUUCACGAAUCCUCAAUGUGCGCCCAUACUGAUACCUCCCAAUGAUUUCAUCCAUGCUUCAGAGGGCACACAAUGUAUGAAUUUUGUACGAACUGGCACGACGAGAGACAGAAAUUGCACGCCGCGAAACGCACCUGCGCAACCUAUAUCCACAGUAACUGCGUACAUGGAUCUCUCCUUGGUGUAUGGCAAUAGUGAGGGUCAGGCUCGUCCUAUCCGUGCCUUCCAGGGCGGGCGGUUGAUCACUGUGCUACGGAAUGGCCGUGAAUGGCCCCCACAGGACCCCAACGUUACGCAGACUUGCGAGAGCGCGCAAAGCACUAACGAACCCUGUUAUUUAACAGGUGACGCGAGAGUAAACCAAAACCCUCAAUUGACACUACUCCAAAUAAUAUUACUGCGUGAACACAACCGUAUCGCCGACGCACUAGCGGCCAUGAACCCGUGGUGGAGCGACGAAACGAUAUUCCAAGAAGCCAGGAGAAUCCAUAUCGCAGAAAUACAACAUAUCAACUAUUAUGAAUAUCUGCCUAUUUUCCUUGGUUAUGAAAACAUGGUGAAAAACCACUUGAUUUACCCGGGAGCACAUGACUACGUGACCGACUACAACCCGCGCGUCGACCCGUCCGUACUCGACGAGCACGCGACAGCUGCAUUCAGACAUUUCCACACAUUAAUCAGAGGAUUUUUGCACCUAGUAACAGAAAACAGGCAGUUAGCCGGCUACGCUCGUAUCAGUGAUUGGUUCAACAGGCCUCUGUUAUUAGAAGUGGAUGAUAUCUUUGACAAGUUGACGAGAGGUCUGACAACACAGCCGCAGUCAUAUAGCGAUCAAUUUUGGGAUAGCGAAAUGACGCAGUACUUAUUCCGACGAAACAAGACAUACGGGGGUGACCUUCGAGCGACAGACAUCCAACGUGGUCGUGAUCAUGGGCUGGCCAGCUACAUUGACACUAGGGCGGCUUGUGGACUACCUGUUCCUAGGACCUUCAAGGAUAUGACCGACUUUAUAGCGAAACCUAACGUAGAUAUUUUAGAGGUCUUGUACAAAGAUGUGCGGGACGUGGAAGUGGUGGUCGCCGGGUCUUUAGAGGAGAAUGUACCGGGAACUCAAGUCGGUCCUACAUUCCUCUGCAUCCUCACGGAACAGUUCUUCAGGACGAGGGUCGGAGACAGAUACUUCUAUGAAAAUGGCGACCCGGAAACUGCUUUUACUUUAAGUCAACUGAACGCCAUACGUCAAGGAGCAUCCAUGGCCCGUAUUCUGUGUGACAACGCCGAUAACAUCCAUUACAUGCAGCCGAAAGCCUUCCAACUCGUCUCAAUCGGAAACAAGCCUGUUCCUUGUAACCGUUUGCCGGUCAUUGACCUGAGUUUAUGGCAAGAUGGCGGAGGAAGCUAUGGAAGAUAAUCAAGCGACGUUAAUUUAGUUUUCUAAUUUAAGGUUACUUGUAUAAAACUGUCGGCUAGAAAGUAAAAGUAGCAAAAUAAAGAACAAUUUUUAUGACUACUAUAUUUCCUACGUACAAAUGCUGGUUUAUUUUACAGUAAUAAAACAUUUUAUGUAAGUA